CUUCCCCCCUGCUAUCCGACCAAAGUCUUGCCUCCUAUUACAUGGAGGAACAUGGUGCCAAUAUCGCGUGUCAAACCCACCAUCUACUCCAACACUCUUUUAAUACUCUUGUUCUUCUGAUAUAGAGUGCACUGCUGAAUGUUUUUGAGGCCUUCCCUCCACCAGUCGAGGACUUACGGACGUGCGAUUUCCUUCCACAAUGUCGCGUGUUUCCAUGACGUCGAGGAAUUUGGCUUGCGCUCCCGCCAGAUUCGCCACUAUCCUGCUUGGUGGAUAACUCGUCCGGUUACUACGGCCGGCUCAAUUUCCUCCCUUGUUCGGGUCCAUACAUCCUGUCGCCCUCUGAAUCAUAAUUCUCGCGUCGAUCGAGUGUUACAUUCUCUCCCCUGGCGAUCGCAGAAGCUUGCAACAACACUGAUUGCGACACCACCACAUUCCUGGCGACUUGUAGAAGGUUCGCGUGGCAUUGUGGAUACAUCCCACGCCACCAACAUGCCGCUAGACAUGAAAUCGGAGAAUGGGGGCAGUGUAAAUUCGCAGGGCCAAACAGAUACCGGACAAGUAGAGGCGCAUGUAUUGGAACUAUCUCGGGAUGUUCCACCGGAUCCCGAAUCGGAUGAAGAUGUGCCUGCUGAGGCUGAGGAGCUCCGGGAGGCUCUAUCAAGGCCUCCGCCUGUCAAUAGUAGCUACCUGCCCCUCCCUUGGAAGGGAAGAUUGGGAUAUGCAUGCUUAAACACAUACCUACGAUAUUCAAACCCUCCCGUUUUCUGCUCCCGUACUUGUCGCAUCGCGUCGAUUUUGGAAAAUCGACACCCUCUUAUAGACCCUUCUCAACCUUCCCAUCCGACGAAGAACCGUCCUGAUCGGAGUCAAACACCUGAUGUUGCACGCGGUCAAGCAUUCGUUGAAGCAUUGGGACUUGCCAACGCGCGGGAUCUUACCAAGCUUCUGCGCUGGAACGAUCGCUAUGGAAUUAAGUUCAUGCGGCUGAGCAGUGAGAUGUUUCCCUUUGCCAGCCACAAGGAAUAUGGAUACAAACUAGCUCCCUUUGCGUCCGAAGUGCUUGCAGAUGCUGGGCGCGUGAUCGCAGAGCUUGGUCAUAGGGUCAGUAUGCAUCCCGGCCAGUUCACUCAGCUGGGGUCUCCUAAGAAAGACGUGGUCGAGAGUUCUAUACGGGAUCUGGAAUAUCACUCGGAGAUGUUGCAGCUGCUUCAACUGCCCCCCCAAGUGGAUCGGGAUGCGGUUAUGAUUCUCCACAUGGGUGGUGUGUUUGGUGAUAAGGAAGCCACAUUGAAUCGGUUCCGGGAGAAUUACCAAAACCUCUCGCAAGAUAUCAAGAACCGACUGGUUUUAGAAAAUGAUGACGUUAGCUGGACAGUUCAUGAUCUGCUGCCGAUGUGCGAAGAGUUGAACAUUCCGCUCGUUCUAGACUUCCACCACCACAAUAUAAUGUUCGACCCGAGCCAAGUCCGUGAGGGCACCCACGAUAUCAUGGGUCUAUUUGACAGGAUCAAGGCCACUUGGACCAGAAAGGGGAUUACCCAGAAAAUGCACUAUUCGGAGCCGACGCCAUCUGCGAUCACUAAUCGUCAGCGCCGAAAGCAUAGCCCGCGCGUUUCUACCCUACCUCCGUGUGACCCCACGAUGGACUUGAUGAUCGAAGCAAAAGACAAAGAACAGGCUGUAUUUGAGCUAAUGAGGACUUUUAAGCUUCCUGGCCACGAUUUAUUCAAUGAUAUGAUUCCCCACGUUCGUACGGACGAGAACAAACCAUUCAAGCCGCCUCGCAAGUCUACCAAGAAGAACGGUGGCUUUGUCGAUCUCGAAGGCCAUGUUCCUCCUACACCAACUGUUGCAGAGGAGGAUGUCGGCAUGGGAGGCCCGGAGCGAAGAGUAUAUUGGCCUCCCACGAUGGAGGAGUGGCUUCGACCCAAGAGGGUCACCCGGACAAAAGCUGCUUAUAGUCCCCGGAGACCUCGCCUGACGAAGAAGGCUGGUGGUGGUGUUGAGGAAUCCUUGGAGCAAGAUGGUGAGAUGGCCAGUGCGACCAUGACUACACCUGCUUCGACCCCUGUUUCCAAAACCUCCCAGCGGGCUCAGCGCACCCCCAACGUGAAGAAAGUAACCAGUAGGAAACGCAAAGCUUCUUCGCCUGCGACGACGUCCCCUUCUGCAUCAGACAACGAGGUACUGCCUGAAACUCCAACCCUAACGCGAUCCAAGAGUAGUGGUGCUCGUCAAAGCCGACGAACGAAGCCAGUUAGUUACGCUGAGGAUAGUGAAUCUGUGUGAUCACCUUUUGUACGACACGUACCUCAUACCUUUCCCCUGAUCGGCAUGCCUCUUGUACGGCUAUAUUACAGCGUGUGUAACAACACACUCUUGUCUUCGGACUAACCAAUUGCUCCUAUAUUCGACCUAUCAUCAUAUCUCGGGUGGCUGAUUAAAGAGGCUUAGAACUGGCGCGCAUUUUGACCACGAAUAUUUACUCUACGCUCAUGGAUAUAGAUCGUACAAUAGUAGAACUAAUGGAUAUAUGUACUUGGUUCGCGGAGAAACUUUUGGCUAAGGCAAGGUACAAUAGUUAUUUAUAUAAAUAUGUUUUC